UUCUUUAAACCGAAGGACAUGUGCGUGGCAAUAGUUUGGGACGAGUACCUCACAGGACCAUUUGGCCUGAUUGCACAGUAUUCACUACUGAAGGAACAUGAAGUGGAGAAAAUGUUCACCCUUAAAGGAAGUCGUUUGCCAGCAGCUGAUGUCAAGAAUAUUAUUUUUUUUGUCCGACCCAGGCUAGAAUUGAUGGAUAUAAUUGCUGAAAAUGUGCUCAGUGAGGACAGACGUGGCCCAGUAAGAGAUUUCCACAUUUUGUUUGUGCCACGUCAUAGCUUAUUGUGCGAGCAGCGGUUGAAGGAUCUGGGUGUUUUGGGCUCCUUUAUCCACCGGGAGGAGUACAGCCUGGACCUCAUUCCCUUUGACGGGGAUCUCUUAUCCAUGGAGUCGGAGGGUGCCUUCAAAGAGUGCUACCUGGAGAGUGACCAGACCAGCCUCUACCACGCGGCCAAGGGGCUGAUGACCCUGCAGGCUCUGUACGGGACGAUCCCCCAAAUCUUCGGGAAGGGGGAGUGCGCCCGGCAAGUGGCCAACAUGAUGAUCAGGAUGAAGAGAGAAUUCACAGGAAGCCAGAACUCUGUCUUUCCCGUCUUCGAUAAUCUCUUGCUGCUCGAUCGAAACGUGGACUUGUUGACUCCCCUUGCCACUCAGCUUACGUAUGAAGGACUCAUCGAUGAAAUUUAUGGCAUUCAGAACAGUUACGUGAAGUUACCUCCAGAGAAAUUUGCGCCCAAGAAACAGGGCGAGGGCGGUAAGGACCUUCCCACGGAAGCCAAGAAGCUUCAGCUGAACUCAGCGGAGGAGCUGUACGCCGAGAUCCGGGACAAGAACUUCAACGCCGUGGGCUCUGUGCUUAGCAAGAAGGCCAAGGUGAUCUCGGCCGCGUUCGAGGAAAGGCACAACGCCAAGACAGUGGGGGAGAUCAAGCAGUUCGUCUCCCAGCUGCCCCACAUGCAGGCCGCCAGAGGCUCGCUGGCCAACCACACGUCAAUCGCGGAGUUAAUCAAAGACGUCACUACUUCUGAAGACUUCUUUGAUAAGUUGACAGUGGAGCAGGAGUUUAUGUCUGGAAUAGACACCGAUAAGGUCAACAGUUACGUUGAGGACUGCAUUGCUCAGAAGCAUCCACUGAUCAAGGUGUUAAGACUCAUUUGCCUCCAGUCUGUGUGCAACAGUGGACUCAAACAAAAGGUUCUGGAUUAUUACAAGAGAGAAAUUCUCCAGACAUACGGCUACGAGCACAUCUUGACCUUACACAACCUGGAGAAGGCUGGCCUGCUGAAGCCACAGACGGGGGGCAGGAACAAUUACCCCACAAUCCGGAAAACUCUGCGCCUCUGGAUGGAUGACGUCAAUGAACAAAACCCCACAGACAUAUCCUACGUGUACAGUGGCUACGCCCCUCUCAGCGUGCGGCUGGCCCAGCUGCUUUCCCGGCCUGGCUGGCGGAGCAUCGAGGAAGUUCUGCGCAUUCUCCCAGGGCCCCACUUUGAAGAACGGCAGCCAUUGCCCACGGGACUGCAAAAGAAACGUCAACCCGGGGAAAACAGAGUCACCCUGAUCUUUUUCCUUGGGGGUGUGACCUUCGCCGAAGUUGCUGCCCUGCGCUUUCUCUCCCAGUUGGAAGAUGGGGGCACAGAAUAUGUCAUCGCCACCACUAAACUGAUGAACGGGGCCACUUGGAUAGAGUCUCUGAUGGAAAAGCCUGUGUAGGGCGUUGAGAGCAGACAACAGGCAAACUGCAGAAUAAACUGCCCCUUGGGGGAAGCCGCUGGAGGAAAUACAGCCCCACCGAGGAACCCAACACAGGAAUACGGAACCGCCUUUGGGGUCAGCCUCUUGAAUUAGGCUGUUUUCUCCCUCCUGCUCUCUUUCGUGUUCCUAACUUGAAGAAACAAGAACAGAAGAGACAACCUGGGUCAAGAAACACGGGUUUUUAAUGUUCUAAGCUCAGGAUCUUCGUUAGAGACCUUUGGAAAUACACUGAGGAUGGUGGGGAUGGAUCAUCUACACAGCCACACAGAUGGGCCAGUUCUUCAAAUAAGCAAGCAGGGACCAAGCAGUGAAAGUGAAAAUAAAAGUGGACAUUGCGCCCUGGCCAGUGUGGUUCAGUGGUUGGAACGUCUGUCCGUGCACCCAAAGGUCAAGGGUUUGAUUCCUGGUCAAGGGCACGCACCUGGGUUGCAGAUUUGAUCCCGCGCCCCAGGGCCUCAGGUGAGGAUUAACAAUAACAAAUUAAAAGAUUUGCUUUUCCUGGGUUUAAUUUGGCCUUGGCAUUCAGUCUUUGGAAAUAGUCUUAAUGAAAACGAUUCCUGGGUUAGAAGUCCUUUCUCAGGCCCUUGUUAUCCCAGGGAGAUUAGUUUAUACCUUCCAGUCCGGCAGUGGUCAGCCUCGGCUGCCCUAGAGAGUGAGGUGCGUUUUCCCCUCAGUGUUUUGGCUCAUGGGAUUCAAUUCAAGUCUGGUCAGGUCUCCUUGGCUGGGGUCUUUGUCCUAUGAACAGACACUCAGUUGUGUCUCAUGUGUCUACAUUCACUCAUGGCUCUCAACUUGCCCGCUUAGAGCGUAGUGAGGCCAGCUCCUGAAAAUGCAUUCCACAGAAGACUUAAAAACAUCAAUUGCUUCACUUGUAUGCAGAUAGAAAGUGUGGAUAAUUAUAUAUCACAUGCCUUUG